GUGUGUGGAGCGCGCGGUCCCUGCACUCGUGACUCGUGAUGGCGUUCCCGCGGUUGCUGGUGCUGGAGCUCGCGCUCUCCGCCUGUUGUUUCAUCUGCGGGAUUCUCACCGCCGCCUCUCUCACUCUCUCUCAGGGUGAUUUUUCAGGGAAGUGCUUGCUGUACGGCUCUGUGCGCUUCAACAUUUCAGAAAUUGAUGUGAGCUGGUACAGCGCUCCCUCUCUCUGUUACUUUGUGUCAGGCAUCUCUGUGUGCAUAGCUGUCUUCUGCUUCUCCACCACCCUGUACUGGGUCUACACGAGUUGUGUGGACGGAGAGGUCAAAAGAGAGAAAAUAUGGAUGAAUUUCUCAUUACUUGUAAGUGGAGUCUUCCUCUUCUUCCUCCUGGUGACAGGAUGCAUCCUGAAAGUGGGUCGAGACAAACUUUGCGAAUCCGUGCUUAGUGCAGUGCCCAAUAUAACCAGGUGUGAUCAGGCCCAGAGCAAGACAUGGAAAAGCCCUUUGAUCGGGUCUAGUUUCUACUCCAAGCUACACAAUGCUGAGACGGCAGUGUGGGUGAAUUUCUUCUGUUGGAUAAUAGUCGCUGUUCUGCUGGUAGUCCAGCGUAGAUGGGGCUCUAAGUACAGCUCUCAGGAAGAGGACCCAGGAGCCAGUCCUUCUGAAACAGAACCCUUCUUCAAAAGGCCAGGGCACCCCAACUGAACACAGAAGAUGGCACAGGCUCUGUGGCAUGCACACAUUGAACACACAAUGAGCCAAUCACAGAUUGAGAUAAACACACACACACACAGAGUACUGGUUUUGGCUACCUCGGUCAGUGGUUGUGGUUUUGUUCCCCAGUGGUAUCAAGGCCUUGUUGCCAUGGUUACUGACCAGCAAUUGGCAGCAGUAGCUUGGCAGCUAAGAGAGUGAGGUUGCCAGAUUGGUCUUACUGAUUCAUAUUGAUCUAAACACAAAUUAAAAUGCACAAAACUGACUCGAUUAAUGACUUCCUUAUGUAAAAAGAUAACUUUUAUGUGACCUGCUGCCUUCAGUCUCUGAUAAAAGCUUUAGGAUGUGUUAAAAUUCCAUAAGCAUUCUUGUUUGUAAUAUUAUAUUAUAAAUCAAUGAAAGAUAUUAUGAAACAAAUAAGUGCUUUGGGGCUUAUGUGUUUUACAGUGGUAGCCUUAUUGGUGUCCUUUGUGCAUUUAUACAACAUUAGCUCCACCUGCUGUCAGUUUUUAAUCAGUUCUUAUCAUGAAAGUCCAGAUGUUCAGCACAAGUGUUAUUUUUCCACUAUAUAUUUAUGCUGUCACAGAAUUUACCUUUAUUCAAAGAGAGUCUUCCUUGGUUUCAGAUUAACAGGAUGCUGUUAAUGUGAACAUUUCAUUUUUUGUGAGAUAUUCCCAUUGUAUACAACUUGGAAAUGUGUUUGCAUAAUUGUGUAAAAACACACAGUGUGUUGGUGGGGACAUAAAUCUAUCCAUUUCGGUAAGACUUGCAUGCUGGUUGCCAAAACCAUGUCAUUGCCCCACAGCACUAAAUUAGUCAAGGACAAUGUCUUUCCUGCUUUCCCUACACAUAAAGACAAGCUGUUUUACUGGUUUAUUAACUUAUAACUAAUACAGUCCCCCUUGUGAUCAUUGUUUUUUUUUCUGUCCAGUUGUAUUCUGAAAUAUGUGAAGAAACUUUCUUGACUUUUUUGAUCUAUGCAAUUUAUUGUGCACUAACAUGCAUAAGAUAUCAUCUGGAUUAUUAGUUUUCCUUCAUGUAUUUUUUAUUAAAUGAAAACAUAAAAAUCA